AUGCAAUGCAGAAACAUCCCGCUUCCCUCCAGGGCCAACCUGGCGUCGGCACGGCACAGACUGUUCAAGGCUUCCCCUGUUCAAUCUCUGCAUUAUUCCGAAGAAAAAUCGCCCAUUGACUGGAUCCUUGGCCUCGCCUUGCCUUGGCCCUUGGGUUAUCGUCGUCGCCUCCGCCCACCGGUCUGA